UUCACCGGCGCUCUUCUAGUCCCACGGCCACUCGGAGCCCUUUAAGUGCCUUGCCCAUGGACACAUCGACGUGGAGCCAGAGGAUGGAACCAGCGAGCCUCUGAUUGAAGGACUACCCUGAGAAGCUAACCUCCAUUAGCGUUAGCUGUUAGAGUUGUUAUUUAGCCACUGGCUGCUAACCGCUAACAUGAACUGCUGAGUUCAACAUGGAUUUGUUAUUCACUGUCUAGCAUGAAUGGAUGAAAUAGGAUACAUGAGAAUGUUUAACCACAGCUGUGAGACAAACCGCCACCCGGCAGCAUAUGGAGGAGAGCGGGAGGCGUCCGGCUCCCACAGCCAGUUGCAUAAAGCUUGGAGCGUAGAAGUGGCGCCAUGUGCUAGCCAAUAGGACGGCUGCAAACUGCCGGCGUGGCGAGCUGAAGCGAGCGUGGAGCGGCGUGGAGGCGUUCCUCUGCUUCUCCUCCGGCCCCCGUGGACGCCACGGCGCCGCACUGAGGAGCAUCCGCCACCGCGUGUCCUCCUCUCCACCCGUCACUCAGCUUCUUCUCUCUCCUUCUAUCCGUCUAUCGGCCAUCUUGCUGAGCACUGCAAACCUGUAGAGACCCCCCCCCCCCGGCCCAGAGUCUGGCUCGGUCCCCACGGGGUCCCACAAGCGAUGAGGAGGGCCGUGGCGUUUGUUUCUUUCUAGACUUUUCUCCUCGCCACCUUGUGUCUUCAUGUCUCGGGGGUCCUCCGGUGCCCCCGCCCUCUGUCGACCCCCCCGCACCCGCUGCCACCACGGCCGGCCCCCCCAGUCGCCUCGUUGCCAUGCCGACAGAGACGCUGGCCCCAGGCCUGCCAGAUAGCAAGGCGGCCGGCCCCGCCGCGGCCUACAGCUCCGCCGUGCCCCUCCGCAUACUCAACAAGGGCCCCGACUACUUCAGGAGACAGGUGGAACAGAACCCGAAGCGCCUCAGUGCCGUCGAGAGACUAGAAGCUGACAAGGCCAAGUAUGUCAAGAGCCAGGAAGUCAUCAACGCCAAGCAGGAGCCAAUCAAGCCACCCGUGCUGGCCAAGCCUCCCGCCGGCCACACCCUCCUGUCCAAGAGAGGCCCUGGGGUUGGCGGAGGAGGACACGGAGGCGGCGGACCUUUCAAAGCGUCCAAUAACAACGCCAAGUCGGACACGUGCCCAACGAGCGGCGGCAAGCGGGGGAAUCUAAACCUGGAGAUCCUGAAGAAUCUGCUGAACUCAUCGUCCUCUUCAGGAGCCGGAUGUGAAGGACAUGGGGGCGGAGCUAAGAGUGCUGUGCUGAGGUUAUCCGGGGGAAUGGCCAGGAGCUGGACACCAUCGGGGAUGCCGCUGACCUACCGUUCUACCAUGACGCUCAACGAGCAGCCACCGGACUCGGCUCCCAGCCCCAGCACCUCUCACUCCCUCCGAUCCUUCUCCCAUUCCCUGAAGGUCCCUCCCAUCAACGGCGGGGGGCGUCGCAGUCCGCUCCAGGGAGGAAACCUCAACCUUAGCAGACGAGGGGAAGGAGUGAUAGAUCGUUCUCGCUCUCCGCUCCCACCUCUUCUCACCUCCCACUCCUCCUCCGACCUCCUGCGGCUGUGCAACGGCAAGCCCCUCCGCACGGCGCGAUCCGGCAGCUCCUCGGCUCCGCCCCUCCCACCCAAACCCAACCCCGCCACCCUCCCUCCGCCCGCUCUGUCUUUGUCGCUGCUCCCUCCCCGCCCGACUCCAUCCCCCUCGCUCUGCAACAGCACCGCCCCUCAGUCGCUGCCGUGCGAUUACGGAGACGCUUCCAAUGCUUCUACCGACGCUAACCCGGAGCACGAGCUCGGCACGUCGGCCGCUCGUCGCUCGUCGCUACACCGAUCGAAGUCGGACCUGUCGGAUCGCUUCGCCCGUGCCGGAGCUGACGUGGAACGCUUUUUUAACUACUGCGGCAUCGACCCGGAGGAGCUGGAGGCGGUCGGUCCAGAGAACUUUGCGAGAGCCAACUCGGACAUCGUCAGCCUGAACUUCCGAUCGGCUUCUAUGAUCUCCUCGGACUGCGACCGGUCGCGCCGCUCUUCCAACGACGGGCUGUCCGACGGGGAAGGGGAGGAGGAGGAGGCCGGCGAGCGCGUCCCGUACGGCAUCUCGGCCGUGGAGCGGAACGCGAGAGUCAUCAAGUGGCUGUACAGCAUCAAACAAGCGAGAGAGACGCAAAAGGUCUCGCAUGUCUAGGGCAAGCGCUGCAGUGGAAUGGAUGUACUUCAGACGGUGGACACCCUCCCCCGGGGUCUCAGAGGGGAACGAUACCAGAACCUCUCAUCCUGGUGCUGAACGGAACAUUUGUCAAAAUGGAUGCAAGAGGAAAGCCUGACGUGUCUAACACACCUGGGAAGGAAAUGAACGAGGAAGAGAUGAGGAGAAGGACUCCAGUCCACUUGAGUUUAGAACAUCAUGAGCACUGCGACCAGAAAGGAACUACGACGGUCAUAUCAACUGGAGAGAAACAACCACGGGACAACGAGUUGAUGACUGGCUUCUCUCUGGACGUUGUAAUCGUAGAGACAGUCUGUCCAUGUGAUGGAGGAACCAGGGGAGUGCACUGCGAUGUCCAAAGGACCCUCACAUUGAAGAGUUCUAGACCUUUCUCACGGUGGACAUUUUGGCUUGACUACUCAGAUUAUUGUGAGAGGGAUUAUCUUCCUGCAUAGUUUGCGAGCUACAUUUUAUCUGUUCAGGUUCGGCCAUCUCUGACACUGGCUGGGUCAACCGUCUUCACCACACAGUAGGAAUGUGCUGAGCUGUCGCUGAGUCGGUGUGAAUCGAUCUCAUGCUUCAUGAGUCGGGCGAGUGCUGGAUGUCAAAACACUGAUACAGUGUGGUGGGUGAGUUUAGGCCGGGGCGAGGUCUAAUCGGCCUCAGCUGGUGAUGACUGUUAAUUAGCCGCUGGGGCUGAUUAACAGUCAUCACCAGCUGAGGCCGAUUAGACCUCGCGCCGGCAUCUUUCCCUGAACCCCCCCCCCCCCCCCCUUCCAGCCACUCUACAGCUGAGCCUAAACGCUGCCACAGCACGUUUCUAUGACUUAGGGCUUUCACUUUGUAAAAACGAUGAAGAGCCGACACGCCAUUUGUUUGAGUUCCAUUUGAAUAAUCUUGCUGUAGGAUUGUCAUGAUUAUGUUCAUUGGCGGUUCCUCCACUGCAGCACUGAGUGACGAGCUGACGGGUGUUUUCACAUUCGUUGUCGUAAAUUCUGUAAAGACCAAAAACACACCGCUGCCUAAUGUUGACGCCACUGGACCAUUUCCACCCGCUCCACACAGUAAAAGACGCACAUUUGUGUGUGUCCAUACACGAUUUAAAGCUAAUUCAGAGGUGGAAGACGUAAUGUUACCUCAGAUCUGUGACUUUUCGUAGACGUACUAAUAAAGCACGCCAGGUUUUUAUUUUUUCUUUAAAUCUAUGCCGUCAAAUCCACCUUAAUUCUCAGAUGGUUGGUGUCAUGAUUCUCUGGUCACAGUAGCUCACUGGUUACCUGCAUUUUGCAUUAGUAAAGAGCGCAACAAUAGCCAAGGUCAGAAUGAAGAGAUGCAUUCAAUAGUGAGAUCAAUACAUUUGAUCUGCGAUUGGAAUUACAAAGUGACAGCCCUAACCGUGAACUCCUCAUAGCAACUGACUCCCGUGUCAAAUGAAGCUACUGGUUGGUCAAGGCCACCAUCAACAUCAGUAGUUCUACCUGAGCUUCUCCAGUCAAAUGUUCCCGUUGAGAAAGGCCGAUGUCACAGUGUUGAUGUCUUAGCUUUGAGAAGAUAGCAAACGUUCUACGUCAAAAUUCACUUUGGAAAGCUAGUGCACUGUUAUAACACUGUUAUAACAGUGUUAAAGAAACAUUCAUUCAACAGGUUACAAAGAGUUGGUUAUUAAUGAAUUAAUCAAAUCAAAUGUUGAGGGACUCAUGAAACACGGGCGGUAGUAAGCUAGCUUUAGCUCGUGUGAAGCUAACUGCUGAAUGAAGGCCUUAAGGUGUGAGGAUGACGAGUGAUGAAGGAAACUGAGGACACUGAAUGAUUCGGACACAGACGCACACAAUAUAGAAUAUUAUCUCAAUCAAGCACCACGGUUAUUGUUAUGCUGAUGAUUUAUAAUGUUGUCAUCAGCCGGUUAACCAACCAACCCGUUCACUGGACAGUCGUAUGUCCCGUGAUGGGAUGUGGCCACCGAGAGGCACUAUCGACGAACCGGACAUUUACAGUUCAUUCAUACAUGUUAGGUCAUUUUUGGGGUGAUUCAAAUUAUAACAUUUUGGUCAAAUGGUCAAAAUUACUAAAUGUUCUUACUUGCUGAGCAAGAGCAAGAGAUUUAGCCAAUGUUGCCAACUCUUUCCCAAUGAAAGUAGCGAGCAGCAUUAGCUCCUAAAGAUGCUAAGUCUAGCCACAGCCCCUCCCUUAAGGCCUCCUUCCAAGGCCACGCCCCCAAGUUAGGCCUCCUUCCAAGGCCACGCCCCCAAGAUGAUCAGAAAGAUCAUAAACAACAAACAUGGCUAACUAACGUGUCAUAGCUGUCAAGCUAGCAUUGAGUGGGCAGGUACACGGGCAGGUCGGUCGUCCAAUCAUUUCAUUCGGCCCAAACUGGACGAUCUUACAGUUACCAAAAUUUACUUAAAAUAUUACCAAAUGGAAUAAUUUGAAUGAGUGUAAUGAUGAAACCGGUCGGUCCGCUCGUGUCCCCUCAGUGAAAUGUUGUACAUCUGAGAAGGUUCAAAGGUCAAAGGACCCAGAAGGGUCGUCACAGGUCACGAGUUGUACGAGCAGAGAAGUGUCAACAGCCGUCUGGUGACAUGAAGGCCACCGUGACCGAGACACUGAGCAAGAACCGCCGCAGGAGGGCGGAGCUUGUCUUUACGUCAAAGAACACUUUACGAUGUCUUGCCGU